UACAAUGCAGCCGCAUCGCCAUUCUCAGAAACAGAAACGCCACACUCUUGCUACCCAUGCCAGUCGUCAAGAAAUCGAUGCAGCGCUGAGGUUUACACCAAAGUCUAUAGCGGAGGAACAAGGUCAAGGUUCAAAACAAAAAACCAUUGAAAGCUUAGCUCAACAAGUCUAUUGGUGGAGUAUUCAUGAUCUUGAUUAUAGACCUGAAAGGGAUAACGCGAAAAUACGAGGCCAUGGUAGAUCUCUACUCCUAAGCCUGCAACAGCAGCAGGAGCAGGGAUUUUGCUCUCAGGCUCUUGAAAGUUUAUGUGAAAGUCCUUGUGCGCCAAUGUUUGAAUAUCUCGUUGAAAACAUCAAGCCUCGCUCAAUUGUACAGGCAAAACAGCCAUGCCAAGUCCAGUCAAUGAAACAGGCAACAGAUCAAAUAGUAGCAAAUCUCACAGAGCGACAGCUAAGGGCGCUGCAAGUCCGCGAACUCGUCCAUGCUAUUGCUCAUAAACAGCAAGAGAUUAAAAACCUGAAAAAACAGAUCAAGCGGCAAAGGCAAACUCAAUCAGUGAAGGAGAUUCAUUAUCAACAAAGCUCACAAAAAGUUAGAGUGCUAGAAGAGUUUGAUACCCUCUUUCACGAGCUUGUCCCCAAGGUAGCAAGGAAUACAUCGCUUCUUAAAAGCCAUACAUCACAUCCCCAUAAGGUAGAGGUUAUAUUUAAGAUCAUGCUUGAAGGGAUUUCUCAGAUUGUCAAAUUAGCUACUGUUGAUGAUAUAACGAUCAAACAGAUUACUUUGCCAGGAGGAUGGGGAGUAGAGGAGCUAUAUAAGCAAAUUCAGCAAACCAAUGAUAGCACCAACUCCUUUCUAAACAUCGUCAAGAGUAUGAAAGAGAAUAUUUUAAUGUCAUCCGAUGCUUCUCAACAGGAUUUGAUUACAAGAGCACAGAACAGAGACGACAGCUCUGAAGCGUCGGAUUUACUACUGAUCUUUCGUGAUCAUCAUCUUGAAAGAGUAGUUCAAAUUGAAUUAGCCCUCAACAAGAUCUCAGCAUUUAAGCAAGAGAUAGAUCAGCUUUAUUCCAGGAUGCGAUUCCAGGCUCAAAGACCUGAUCAUGACAAGACGUUAGCUCCAUUUAUUCAGGAGCUUGAGGAAGCUAGAGCGCAUUUGAAGGGUUUAGGGACCGCCCUAGAAUUCAUUCAAGCUGAGCAGGAAAACUUAGUAGAUCGUGUGGUCCCCAAGGUUGAACAGCGUGCAAAGUUAGAGUCCAUGAACAAAGCAGCUAGAGCAGUUGAUCAGCGAAUGGUCAAGGCGCAGAAAAUUAUAAGAAAAUUAAUGGAGAUGAUUAGAAUUAAGCAUGAGAGCGUUCCUGAAAAGGCGUAUACUAUUUCUGAGGACAUCCAAUCGAUUUUUCAAGAAUUUGUAGAACUGUCUGAGUUGCUCCAGAGCCAAGCAUAUACCUUGAAAGGGGAUGCGGAAGGCUUGCAGGCCCUUACAGAACAGAGCCAACGGUUAUACGAAGUUACUCAUCAAAGAACUCUACAACAGCCUGCGUCGAAAGCAGGAGUACUUGAAAUGAUCCCCAGUUUCUGGUAUGAAACAGCGACAGCCUCUUCUUUAGCUGCUGAGCAGCUUAUAUUGCGGCAGGCGCAUUGUCAUAUAGAAAACGCUGUGCGACAGCAGGCUAUCAUUAAGGCCAGAGAUGCUAAUAACCGCAUGGAGCAGACCAAAGCUAAUGCUCUAGUUAUGUUGAAGAGCUUUACGAAAAAGUUGCCAGACGAAUAUAUGAGCCAAACGCAAAAUGAUGAUAAAAUGGUUAUGAAGCUGAAUUCAAGCUUCGAAAAGGAGAUCACAAGUGCCAUCCAGUCGGUUGUGAAAUAUCAAGACAGUUGUUAUACUGCCAUUCAAGAUGAUAUUCAGAAAAUAUUGUUGAAUACAGCGAUAGGAAACAAUGCUGUUGAAGAGAUUCAGGGAUUGAUCAAAGAUGACAGUAAUCUUCAUGAGCGACUGUCUGCGCUGAGGCCACAAUCCUCUAACAAAAGGACGCGUCAGGCUCAAUAAAC